AUCUAAACUAUGAUAUUCUGUAAAAAUUUGUCAAGUUUAUAAAGAUUAUGUUUAGUUCACAUUUUUCUAGAGAUCAUAAUAAAAGUAUUGAAUAUAUGCAAUACUUGUUAAAUUUUAAUUAACAUUUAUUAAUAAAAAUAAAUUGAUACAUAAAUAAAAAUUAAAAUGCCAAAAAAAAAACGUGGACCUAGAGAUAAAAAGAGUAAGAAAAGUCCUUGGUUGAAUGAAAGAGAAACAUUAUUUUAUGAACAACAAAUUUUGGACAAUAAUAGACAAUUAGCACGACUGCGAACUACUAAUGAAGAACUUGAGCAUGAAGUUAAAACUAUAAAACAACAGUUUACAAAACUUGAAGAAGAUCGUUCAGAUAUUGUGGCAUAUCUAAAACGUAAUUUAACAGAAAAAAUUGAAGAAGCACGUGAAUUAAAUGAACGAAUAUCUGCUUUAGAAGAAUUGCGAAAAAAUGAAUUAGCUUCAUUUAAGAAAAAAGAAGCAGCAAUGGAACUUGAAUAUCGCACUAUGGAAAGUAACUUAAGUGCAGAAGUCAAACUGGCGGCUGGAAAAUUAAAUGCAUUAGAAGAUUGGAGAAUAGCACGACUUGAUUUAAUGCAUAAAUUUGAAGUACAGGAACAACAAUUAAAAGAACAAGAAGAAAGACAUAAAAAGACCCUCCAUGCUGCUGAAAAAGAAUUAAUCAUUGGAAAGGCUAAAAUGCAAAGAGAAAUGGAGGAACGGUUAAAUGAAUUAGCUGAAAAGUUUAGAGAAGCAACCAAUAUUCGUAUAGCAGAUACUACUCACAGAGCAGUUAGAGAAAACAUUGCAUUAAAUCAAGAAUUAGAUAUAAUGCUGGAAGUUUGCCGUGAACUACAUUCUAGUACUAUGGAUUAUAAAGAAGCAGUUAAGAUGUUAAAAUUACAAGCUGAUUUAUUUGAAGCAGAAAAAAAUAUCACUUUAAAUAAAACAAUUAAACAAAAGCAUAUAAUUAAUAAUCUUGCACAAGAUUGUAAUGAUAUGACGGAUGAAUAUAUGAAACUAAAAAGAUUCAAUUAUUAUCUUCUUAAUCAUACAGCAAUAUUAGAAGAAUAUAAAGAGAGAUCUAUUACAGCUGAAAAAAAAGUUCGCAUUCUUGAACAACAUUUACAACAAACUAAAAAAAGUAAAACUCAAAUAUUAGCAGAAAUUUACUCUAAACAACAAGAAUUUGAUAAUCUAAAUCAGAUAUUACAAGAAGCUAAACAAUGUAUAAUGGAAGCAUUACAGUUGCAAGAAAAAUUGUCUGCAGAAGAUGUAUGCAGUUCUUGUUAUGUUGAUCUUAAAGAAGAAGUACUUUCUUCUCUUCUUAAUAUAUUAAAAAAGCAAUCCAUUCCUAGUAUAUCGUCUCAUCAUAUAAGUCAACAAGAAGAAGACAUAGAAUGUCACUAUGAAAAAGGUAGUUUGGGUUUAAUGCAAACCACAGUCGAAGUAAGAGAGGAUCAACAAGGAGAGGAAGAAUCUUUAGAAACAAAAAAAGAAGAAAAAAAGGAAUCUUUAUCUGUGCAUGAGAAAAUACCAUCUUGUUUAUUAAAUGAUGAUAGUUCUGAUAUAAUCUCACCAUCAUCAUCCAUAAAUCAUGUUCAUGAAAUAAUUUAAAAUAUAUCAAUGUUAUCUUUUAUAUUUAUACUUAUAUUUAUAUUUACAUAUAUAUACAACGUGCAUAUACAUAUGUACACACACACAACACGCACACGCACGCACACAU